GCCCCGCAGGCACCUUCGGAGCAGCGGCAGCUCGGGAGGCACCGAGGGGACCCUGGAGGUGACCAAGAUGAAUCUCCUCGCCCAGGUGAGCUCCCUCCUUCAGGCCCUGCAAGCCCCGGACUGGCUGUUCCUCCAGCCCUGGCACUGGCUGGGCUCCUGGGUGAGCAGCUCCAGGCAGGCAGUGGCCGGGGCAGUGACCACGGCAGGGUUCUUCCUCUGCGAGGGACUGCUGGGACAACACUUCCACGUCGUCCCCAACGGGGUGGCUGAGCCCCAGCCUGGGGACCUCUUCCUCUUCCCGCUGGCCUCGGGGGGCCCUGGCUGGUGGGGCGCCCACGCUGGCAUCUACUGCGGGGACGGGGAGAUCAUCCACCUGGAAGGUGAGCCCCGGGAGCUGGCAUGGCACGGGACAUCUCCAUGGAAGGGACACGGGGUACAGAGCCCGCUUUGCCCCGCAGGCAGCUCAGGGGUGUCCCCAUCGGGCGUGGUGGCCAAGCACGGCAAGAGGCACCUGCUGCGGACGCGGGGCCGGGCGCGGGUGCUGCGCAGGAAGGGCGCGCUGGACGUGGCCGCGCUGCAGCGCCGGGUGCGCGCGGCCAUGGAGCAGCCCCUGGACUACGACGCCGUCUCCUGCAACUGCAUCCACUUCGCCCUCGCCCUCCUGGGGCUGGGCCACCUGGCUGGGGCCAUGGUGUCCCCAGCGCUGCAGUGAUGGAGGUGAUGGUGUGUCACAGACAUAUUUCAUGAAAAAUCCUUUUGCCAGGAUCAUUUCUCUUGAGAAGCUGAGAAGCUUCAGCUUCUCCGUGUUUUGCUGCUUUGGAAUGUGAUUUGGAGAAUUGUUUAGCCAGUAUGUGAAAUUGUUUUCACUUGAUGACCAAUGACAGCCACCUGUGUCAAGGCUGUGAGCAGUCACAAGAUUUUAUUAUCAUUCCUUUUCAUUCCUUGCUAGCCUUCUGAUUAAAUCCUUUCUUCUAUUCUUUUAGUAUAGUUUUAAUA